AUGAAGCUAAUCUCGCGCAGUCAGGCUCUGCUCGAGAUCGCGCCGGCGUACUUUGAGCAUAUGGCCACGACGCACAACAAGGCCACAGCCCUGGCCAAAAUUGUCGGUUUCUAUACCGUCAAGAUGCACGACGUCGCGACAGGUGAGAAACGGACAAUGGAUCUGCUCGUCAUGGAGAACCUGUUCUGGAAACAGGAGAUCGACCGGACGUUCGAUCUCAAGGGGAUCGAAGCUCGCCGAGUGCCCAAAGGCAAAGAGAACGGGUCGACCAUGUUUGACGCGGAAUGGCUGGAGGCACAAGCUACAUCCCCACUAUUCGUUCAUCCGCACGCUAAGCGAAUUCUACUCGACUCGCUCACUACCGACACCCGCUUCCUCUCUUGUCAAUCCAUCAUCGACUACUCGCUCCUCCUCGGUCUUGAUCGGUCGCGCUCCGAGCUCGUCGUUGGUCUUGUGGAUGCCGUUGGGAGCUAUGGGCUGUUCAAGAAUCUGGAGAGUAUUGGGAAGGUGGCGCUGAAUAGGGGAAGGGAGGGGGAGGUGACUAUUAUCCCGCCUGACCAGUACAGAGAGCGGUUCGAAACUGCCUUGAGAUCUUACUUCACUGCCUGCCCGGAUAAAUGGAGCCGAAGCCCCAAGCGGACUGGCGCCGUCACAUCGGAACUGCCUGUUGUAUUUUGA